AUGAAUUGCAGUGACGUAUUAAACCGUGUCCCCAGUGUCGUGACUUCCAUUCCAAAAAAAGAUACUAGUCAGAGAUCGCACUUGGGAGCUCCGAAAGUGCAAUAUAGGCUUCGUCGACGUGUACCUUUUUAUUGUCGAGCGUACCUGAACGCAGCACGCAGUUGCUAUGUGACAGCCUGUAAACAUUGACAAGCGGAAGUGCAAUGUGAUUUAUUGUGACGUACAUCUAGGCGGCUGUGCUACCACAGGCUGUAACGUCAAGUGAUGUCUACCACCCAGGAAACAUCCAACAUCAGCGGUUAUCAUGAUAAAACCCCCAUUUACAUAGACGAGGAGAUUCUGCAGGAGGCAGUACUAGAGCAAGGUCUUCAAGAUCAAGCUGAACGCAUUGCCAAGAAAGAGGGAAUCCGCUUCAACGAGGCCCUCAGACUGAGUCUGGAAUACAGAAACAUCCAGAAGAUUGACCACCUAUGGGAGUUCUCUUCGUUAACCAAGUUGAAUCUGAACAACAACUUCAUCAAGAAGAUCGAAGGAUUGGACCACCUCGUUAAUCUGACAUGGCUCAAUCUGUCAUUUAACAACAUCAAGAAAAUGGAGGGUCUGAAUGGUCUUCGUAAGCUGGAAGUGCUGAAUUUGUCCAACAACAGAAUUGCUCUCAUUGAAAACAUGGACAGCCUUAUGGAGCUAACCAUUCUAUGCAUUGCAAACAACAAACUCCAUCAACUCAACAAUGUGGUCUACCUCCGCAAGUUCAAGAAACUCUUCACCCUCAAUAUAGAUGGCAAUCCUAUCCCUGAGGAGAACAACGAGGAAAAGUACACCCUUUUCCUCGCUGCCUAUUUCCAACAAUUGAAGUUCCUGAACAACUUAUUUCUUAACGAGGAUAUAAGAAAUAGGGCCUCGGCCAAGUACAACCUCGACAUCGAGGAGAUGAACCAAGGAGAGUUGCAGGCGCAACAAGCGGCUGAGGAAAAGCGAAGGCAGGAAGCGAUACUGCAAAUGCACGAGGAUGCGUUUGUGGAGCAGUUGAAUGGAGAUUAUUUGUACAACAACAUAAUCCAAAAUGACACCGAGUUAAGCAAACUCCACUGCCUGCCGGGGGUGGACGAGUUACUCGAGGCAUUCGAGCGCCAGCUAGCCGACCUGUGCAACCAGCUGUUUGAAGUCGGCUUGACCGAGUACAAGCGGAGAGACGCCGAGGUGAACUUAUUCUUCAGUCGGCUCAACGCGGACGUGACGGACAGCCAGCGAAGAGCAUCCGAAGUACUGGCUGAUUUUCAGAUGCGACAUAAGCGGAGAACGGUGGAUUUGCAGGAGGCACCAGAGAAUGAAAAGAAGAGCAAGACGGACGUCUGCCUCCAAGAAAUCAAGGUUUUGUGUUACAACCUGAUGGCAGUGGAAUUUCAACUAUACAGCUACCUGGAGGAAACAAUCCGAAAGUUUGACAACAACAUCUCCGAGAUGACCGCCAGCUUCAGCGAAAGCGCUCAAGGCAUAUUCGUCCACUGUCGAGAGCUGGAGGACAGCCACCAUCAGAAGAUAACGCAAAUCGCUGUCACCACGCUGGAGGUGGUGGCCAAGGGCGAGGCUGAAGAUGAUUUGCCAGAUGAUGUUAGAAUGUUGUUCUUGGACAAAAACACAGUGAUGGACACCCUGGCCGCCAGCCACGAUAACCAUCUGCAGACCAUCAACGACAGGGAAACUCAGUUGGUUACGCGCGCCGAAGCCUGGAAAGUGGCCCUCAUUAAAGGGAUCGAAGACACCGAACUGAAGAGGAACCGAAUGCGCAUCGCAGAUCUCCACAGAUACGCCGACUAUUUGAGGGCGCAGCUGAAAGAGUGAUGUAGUGCAAACCCAACGGCCAGAAAGGAAAUGAUUGCAGCCAUUUUGAAUGGAGACGGGAGAACAAUUACAACCGAUGUUAUUUUGUCCAAAGAUCUGGUUUCAAAUACAUAUACAAAUACAUAGAUGUACAUUUGACUGGUUGAUGUAUGCUUGUAGUUUUUCCUCUUGCAACGUUGUCAAAUCAUAGUACUGGUGCUCUCUCUUGUAAAGAAACCUCGUCGACAGCAGUUUCCCAACCCGUAUUUAGCCAAGGCGCUCACUUUACGGUGGAGAAAUCUCACAGCACACUUGACCAAAAACAAAAUGUCACAAAAAGUAUGAAUACUGAACUCACGAUGAGCUCAUCUGAAUUGACUCACAAACUGCUUAGUUGAACACAAAGUUGUUAUUCUGUUGUCUGAAUGGCAACAGGUUUAUAAACGGAUGAAUUGUACAUUCUGCCAUCUAGUGGAAGAGCAUUCAGCAUCACAUCUAUUGAUUCUGCUAAUAACUAACUAUACGUCACGGGCAGAGGUAGACCAACAAUUUCAUCCUCUGAUUUAAUUACUAAUUACGAAUCAUAAAUGACUACAAGUUCUACAGCCAUACCGUUACUGCAGGAUUAUUACUGGUGCUUUUCCGCACACAUUUCUUCAAUAGAAGACU